CGGAGGGCGGGUCUUGGUCCUGCUAUUCAGAUUGAAUCGGCCCAGUUUGUAUUAGUUGGACGAGCAGAAGAACGAGACGGAGAAACGUGUAAGAGCCCUAACUGCGGAUAAAAGCGUUUCUCUGCUCCAUCAUGGCAGCUGCGGAGUAAUUUAGAGGAUCCGGCCCGUCGCGCGGAAUCGUGACCGACGCCCGAAUCCACCGCAUUUCUGAGGAUGUUCCAGCUGGUAACUGCGCGAGGAUGCUUCCGCUGAACGUGCUCAAACUGGGCGUCUGUUACAAUGCUGAAGGCUUCUUGGUUUUUGUUUUGAACGCGGGCCAAACACAGAAUCACUGCAAAGCCUGAUAUGGACAACUUUAACGCUCCUCUCUUCUGCCAUUUCUAUGACGAACAUUGCGCAGUGCAGUGAAAAAGCUAUAUCGUUUAGUGGCUGUCGAACUGGUGCCGAAUACAUUACCUAAUUCAUCUGGGUGUUAAUUCCCGGUGCAGCCCAUAAACACACUACCGAGCGUGUUGGUGCACAGUCAAUGUAAGGAGCUUCGUCCAGCGGUGAGAGCCACUCUCCGAGGGUACAGAUGCGAGGCAAACAAUAUCAUCAACCACUGAAGUUGACAGCGCCUUGGGAGAAGGAUGCAGGCUUUGGAAGGAAGCUUAAAACAUACAGGAAUCAUACCAAGAUAAUAGCACAGCCUGGGAUCGUGAUGAAAGUGCUACGCAGGAAGAGGAUUGUGUUAUUUAUGGCCUAUUUGUUACUGCUCGUGCUCACUAUGCUUAACUUGGCUAAUUAUAAAUGGACUAAGGAGCCGCAGCAGUGUAAUCAUCAGAUGAGGAGCACCACUUAUCAGAGCAGAUCUGACAUUCGCUUCCUGUACAGACCCUCGCUGGCUAAGAAGAGGCAGCUUAUCUAUGUGCUGACCACCUGGAGGUCAGGCUCUUCCUUUUUUGGGGAGCUGUUUAAUCAAAAUGCAGAUGUGUUCUUCUUGUAUGAGCCAAUGUGGCACAUCUGGCAGAAACUGUACCCCGGUGAUGCCGUGUCAUUGCAAGGGGCGGCCAGGGACAUGCUUAGCUCCUUAUACCGCUGUGAUCUGUCUGUUUUCCAACUUUACAACAGCCCGGGAGGUAAGAAUUUCACCUCCCUCGGACUGUUUGGGGCCACCCUCAAUAAAGUGGUGUGCUCAUAUCCCCUCUGCUCAGCCUAUAGGAAGGAGGUGGUGGGGAUGGUGGAUGAUAAGGUGUGUAAAAAGUGUCCCCCUCAAAGCCUUAGACUGUUGGAGGAAGAGUGCCUGAAAUAUAGCACCAUAGUCAUUAAAGGGGUCCGCAUAUUGGAUGUAAAUGUGCUGGCCCCGCUCAUGGAGGAUCCGUCCUUGGAUUUGAAGGUGAUACACUUGGUUAGAGACCCACGGGCAGUAGCCAACUCCAGGAUCAAAUCCAGACACGGCCUGAUACGGGAGAAUUUACAGGUGGUCCGCAGCAGAGACCCCAAACUUCGGCGGAUACCUUUCGUGGACCCCGGGCACAAAGCUAACAAGAAGGAUGGCUCAGACUACCACUCCAUUGGAGCCAUGGAGGUGAUCUGCGACCGUACCUCCAGGACUUUGAGGACUGCCUUAAAUCCACCCAGCUGGCUGAAGGGGAAGUACAUGGCCGUACGUUACGAAGACCUGGUCGAAAACCCAGUUAAGACCCUGAGGAGCGUCUACCGCUUUGCCAACCUCACUACCAACCAUGACAUUGAGAUGUUUGCUUUGAACAUGACCAGUGGCUCCAGUUCCUCAUCUAAGCCAUUUAUAGUCUCCUCCAGGAAUGCCACACAAGCUGCAAGUGCAUGGAGAACAGUGCUCAGCAUCCAACAGAUCAAACAAGUGGAAGACUACUGCCACCACUCCAUGUCAGUUCUAGGUUACGAGAGAGUGAGAACAGCCGGGGAGGCCAAGGACUUGAGCAAAUCACUACUGACACACUCCAGACUGUGAAAACAUCCUCACCACCAAAGACCAUUUAAUUUAAUGUUAAUUUUGCAUAGAGUGCCAUUUCCUUAUUUUGUGGAAAUAAAGCUUUACUUUAAGUCCAUGUUCCUGGAUCUACAUCGGCCGCAUUUGGAAUGUACCGUCAGUCGAGCAAUUGCAGCUCCGUUGAAAAGGACCACUUCUUUUUUACCGGAACACCAGACGGGACCUUAGACCUCGACACUGCAACGUCUAAGAACAAUUGACUCAAAGCUGCAACUUUCAGAGGAAAAAAAAAAAGGAAAAAGAAGCUACUGUAUAAUUCAUGUAUCUUGUUAUGAUGACACUUCAAAGUGGAUGUUUUGGGGAUAUUUUUUGAAUGUUCAAAAGAAAAAAAAUCUGUUUUCCAGUCUUCAUACUGUCUGUAAAAGUGAAACUAGUUAAAGGAAGGGUUAAAAAAUCCAACUGAUUAAAAAAGAAGAAAAAAAGAAGUUGACUGCUAAUGUUAAUAUUUGAGACGUGUCAGAGACAAUCACUGGAUUGGAUUCUUGUGCCAUAGGUAGAGGUGUGAUCAGAACAGCAGUAGUGCUACGGCUAGAUUUUACAAAAAGGGGGAUGUUUUGAUUUGGGUUUUUCUUACAUUUUAUUAUUAUUAUUAUUUUUUGUCGUCACAUCCUGACAGGAUGAUAUCAUACACUGUGGACAAUGUCAUAGCUCCAGAUUUGGAAAAGUCUCUCUGUUGGUGUCAGCAGUCUGCUUGUUCUACCAUUUCCAAUGUUUACAAUUGCUUGCUCUUAUAAAAAAAAACACAUCUGGGAAUAUUGCAUUGAGUAAAGUUCAUAGUUAACAAUACAGUUUAUGCAUUUGUGUUGAA